AAAUGGGAAACACUAUAAUGGUGAGGAGAAACAAGGUGAAAGUUAUGAAGAUCAACGGUGAUAUUUUCCAGCUCAAAACUCCGGUAACAGCGAGUGACGCCACGAAGGAGUAUCCCGGACAUGUGCUGCUAGACCCGGAGACCGUGAAACGGUUAGGAGUUCGCGCCAAACCGCUAGAGCCAAAUAAGAUCUUAAGGCCGAAUAAAACGUAUUUUCUGGUGGAACUUUCGUUGGUUGAUAAGAGGAAUAAGCUUCCAUACCGGAGAGUUAUGUCUGGUAAUAUACAUGUUGGCGCCAAGGAGCGUCUGGAGAUGUUAAUGCUUUCUAGGAGAACGGUUUCCGACAUCGGUGUCGGUAGUUUAGAAUGUGGAGAUGGGCCUGGACCUGGGCCGACGAGGGUGACACUAAGGCUACCUAGGUCUCACAUCACGAAGUUAAUGGGAGAAUGCCAAGAUGCUUCCGAGGUCGCGGCCAGGAUUGCAAGAGUUCAUUUGGAGAGCUCCGGUAAGAUACAAGCCGGAGAUAACGAUGGCUUACGUCGGAAAAUUGGAAUAUUUGAGAAAAAGAACCAUUACAAAGCACAUGAGAAGCACGUAAGUUUCGCAGAGAAAGGAGGGAGAGUAGAGAUCGUUGUUUCAUAAUACAUGGCACGAUUCAAGGUUUUCCAUAGUGUAUCUUGGUUAACACACGUGUGAAAAAACUCUCAAAAGUCUAUGAAGAGUGAUAUAUAACUCUAUGAGGCCGACAAAAAAGAAUAUGUUUAACAUGCGUCCACGGUCCACCAAUAAUUAUUUUUAAAAAGAUAUGCAAAGCUAUCUAACCCCAAAUGUAUUCCUUUGUUCCUAAUUGAUCCAUGUUUUGAAAGAAAAGGUUUCAAAAAAUUACUUGUUCUUUAUUCUCAUUUCAUAUUCAUGCUAUUUCUUACUUAAAAAAAAAAAAAACUUAUAUAAUAUUCAAUAAAAACAAAAUUUAAAAUGUCAUUUUAAAACAUUUCUUAAUCUGUGUGAAAAUUCAAAAAAGAAAAAAAUGGAUUAAUAAAGAACAUAGAUCAAGUAUGAUUUGCUAGAGUAAUUAAAACCUUUGAUAAAACAUACUCGAUUAAGUUCUAAGUUGAACUUCUAAUCUAACCAACUGGUAAUCAAACCGGAAAAGCAAAAAAAUCCUUACACAGAAUGGUCCAAACCUGUCAUCGUCACCUUCAUUAUUCUCUCAAAUGUAUAAUUUUAUUAUUAUUAGGCUCAUUAUUUUAUUGUCGGCAAAUC